GUGCACAGGACAGAGAAGGUCCGCAAGGGGUCCAACCAACCAGUCUAGGACAUGCGUUUCGCGUCUUUCCCGAAAGCCACCGCUCUUCUCCUAGCAGCAACGCUACUUUUCGCACCGAUGGCGGAAGCAGGCCAUGUGGGAGAGGCCGGGAUGGAAAAGGCAAAGGAGGCCAGCAGCAGAGGACUUGCCGAGGAGGGAGUGACGGAGGAGGUCAUGGUGGGCGAACGGCCGAGGUCACACCCACACGAGAAGGAAAAGAAGCAGCGCAAGCCGCGGAUGGCGACGAUGGGAGUGCAGCAGACAUGGAAAGAAUGCGUUGGCAUGGAUGUGGAGGAAGCGGUGGAGAUAAUCAAGGCCGCACGACCGGACCUGAGGAAAAUCGCCAAGGUCCCGGAAGGCGCCAUGGUGACGAUGGACAUGCGCACGGACCGCGUGAGGAUCUACUACGACAAGGACAACAUCGUCACGCGCCCACCACGCGUAGGCUAACGCCGCACAGCUCAACGUGCAGGGUGUAGCCUACAACCAAAACCGAAGGAAGCUAGACCUGCUACCCACGCUACACUCUACGCGCGCUCGCGGGACGGAAAGGUGCUACCGAGCUUCGUAUCACGCCAUCUGCCGGCUCAAUUCGGACCAUUCUUCGAAGAGAUGAUGAUAACGUCAUGUUGAUAAUGUUAUGCUUAGGACGACCGCGCCCGUUAUGUUCCGUACCGUCCAUCGUUGGGUCGGGGAUUGGAGAGCAGUUCAGCGGUCUGCCUUUUUUGUCCAUUUUUCUCUUCACCUGGUGGAUGAUGGAGGGUUUUUGUUGGUGUGUGUUUUGCUCCUUGCUUCCCAUAUGUAUGACACACGGCUCUCUGACGGGAAAAAUGCGCGACUCUACCCACCUACGCUGGAGUAGAGUGUACAGCAGCGCGAUCCGCAUGACGGCAGGUGGCGUUAGUUAAAGGUUGGGCCUUUCGAUUUGGAUAAGGUUGCCGUGCCACACCUCAUGGCGUUGUCUGAGCGCAUUGGUUCGUAUGUUGUUUGCCUGGCGAGUUCGCUGUUAAUGCUAGCCCCCGUCAUCGUGACCUGUGGCUUCGCUUUAGGGUUCAGUUUUGGGGGCUAGAUUGGACCCCGUUGUUCUCGCAGCAUGUGUAGUAAGUUUCGAGCGCGCGUGCAAAUCUGUGUGUGUUCGCGCGCAGCCCGCGUUUUUCAUCUUGCUGUGUGAAGCUUUCGUCGAAGGUAUGCGCAUAUGUAGACUAUGCCCGACAUGACGAACUAUGACGUGUAGCAUCGACGGAGCGGAAGCCUAAGUCUCAUAGAAUGUUACCAGUAGGAGUUUCGUGCGGAACAGAUGGAGGGCGCUGCGGCCCAAGGGUGUUCUGUUUGUGUGGGCUGCAUGCGGGUGUCUCUGUAGUGUACAUGAUCUGAUCGUACAUGUGACGUAGUGAAGUGGAUGGUAGAGAUUGUUAUUUGUGUAGUCGGCGCGGAGAUAUGUGACCGAUUGUGAAGCAUACCGUAGAUGUUGGCGCUCUCGCACGCAUGUAUGCGUAUGGUUUUCAUAUAUAUUGCUGUAUGGCUGCCCCUAUUAUCGUCGUGCCGUUACACUUUCUUGUGGCAAGAGGGAGCGUAAUGUGUUUCUUCUGUCUAAGGACGUCCUUCCAUUCUGUUAAUUUCCGAUGUUGGACGGAGCACUCAAGGGGGUCCAUCUCCAGCAAGAAAAUCGCAGAUCAAACAACCGAAGUCACACCGAAAAAUUCGAAAAUAGAUCCAAGAGGCAGCAAUGGGCCACUACAAACAUCAGUAGGCCGCAUACCGUAGGUGACAUGAGAUUCAAC